AUGUCCAUAGCGGCCUACGGGCAGGCCAGUGCAAUGGUAAAAUUUGCCCAGGCCGAACAGCAGAACCCAGUUCUGUUCACUCCGCCUGCUAGUCCUUACUCUGCAUACCUCUCACUCGAGGAAGAUAAACAUGAUGAUAAUGGUGCCUCUGAAUCAUGCUGCUGGGGAUGUUGUAAUGGCUACCUGAGAGAAUUGUCAUUUCCCCAAAACAAAUGCUUAAGAAUCGAAUACACUACAACUACAAGUAAUGGGACAAGUUCAACCACUUGGACAGAAUGCGAUAGGAUGUACUGUAUUCCUGUUUUGAGCAAACCCAUCUCCUCCCAUUGCUACUAUGUUGUGCGAGCUGAAGGUGUGGACAGAUUAGUAGAAACGUGCUCUACUGAAGAAGACAUGAGAACAUUUUGCUGUUGUAGAUGUGUGAAAGAUGUUCAUCCUAGAGCUUUUCAACCCACAAACUCAUAUCAACAAAUGCGAAUAAUCUCCUCUAGGAAACUUGCUCAUGUUGGAGGGGAAAAUACUGAGUUGAGAGCACAAUUUCCCCCUUUUGAUUUCUCUUUGCAAGAGAAAGGGCCUCUUGUUGUUAUAGUUGGGGAGUGGUACUGCCCUUUCAUCUUUAUCAAUGAAUUGGGUACCAGAUUGGAGGAUGUUAAGAUUCAGCUCAUGGAGUGUCCCUUCUAUAAGAUGGAUCUAGAAAAGUUCUGGGAAGAGAUGUAUUCAAUUCAAGGUAUGACAAAAAAGGAUGUUCAUGUGGACCAAACCUUAAAGGUAGAAGAAGGGCUAUUGUUUGGAGAAGUAGAAACUGAGGAUAUUAGAGAUAAUGAAGGCAGUGUUUUGUUUAAAAGUGUGGGGAGGCAACAGGCUUCUGGUGUGAUACUUAGCUGGCUCAUCAUUGCCAAAAUGAGGGCUGAUCAAGAUACAUAUGGAUUAGAUCAAAAGGGAAGAUUUGUAAGGGUGAAGAAAUCAUUUAGUGGCAGUGCUGCAAUGUUGUAG